ACAAAGCAUGAGCGCCUCUAGCGGGUCUCUACGCGACCUUUAUUCUGAUCCUCCUACAGCAUGGUCUUUUGUUCCCAUCACAAACAACGGUUCUAAUCCUGCAUCGGGUGCAGGCGGACCGUCUAUAAAGGCUGACUCGGCGUCAACUUCGUACCAAUGGUCUUCUCGACCUCGGCCCAAUUCAAUCUAUGAGCUUUCACCAGAUCUUGACUUCGAACCGUCUGGUCCAAAUGCAGUAGCGUUUCUGCGCACUGCGGCUGCGUCGGCGAUCCUCCAAUACCUCGCCGCUGCGCUCGAGAAUCCAUGGGAGGUCGGAAAUACGCUGCUCGAGGUUCAGUUCGUUCCACGUAAUGCUGGCGUUAUUGAAGAAGUGGAACCGCCAGAGGAGGAGGAAGAAACAAGCGACGACACUUCUUCCGCAAACGGAGACAACUAUUUCGCAGAUGAAGCCGACUCGUUUUCUUCUCGCACAAACACCCCUCGCCCCGUGGAUGAGCAUGGGUAUGUUGUUCGUCAAGGCGUUUCCGAAAGUGCAACACGUCCAGAUUGGGUUAUCCCACCUGGCAGUGUAGCUGGUGUAUGGCAGAUGAUGAAGCAAUUAAUGCGUUGGAAACCUGAAGGAUACUUGGCUCUCUGGAAAGGCACCGCCACUGGUUGCAUAAGGACUUUCCUUGACGGUGUUCUUCAGCCUAUCAUUCAAUCUGCUCUUACCCAUCUGUUUUCGGCUUUCACCCUUGCUCCAUCUCCUUCUUUUUACUCCCGAGCACACCCUAUCCUUCUACCCGUCGCAUCCCAUGUCUUCACAGGCUUUCUCCUCUCUCCACUCGACCUCAUCCGUACACGACUCAUAGUCCAAACCUCUCAUCCUCGACACAGACGCUACUCUGGCCCGCUCGACGCACUCAACCAAAUCCUCCUACACGAAGGCGGUAUCCACGGAAUCUACCUCCAUCCCCAACUCCUCUACUCAACAAUCCUCGACUGCACGCUAUCCUCACUCGCCAGUGCCCUCGUCCCAACACUCACCGCACGCGUCUUCAGACGCAUAAGCGGGAUGAACGCAGAAGAAGUCCACCCACUCUUAUGGAUCCUCGCACAACUCGGCGGCGCAUGCGCAAGCCUCCUCAUCACAGUUCCCAUGGGCACAAUCCGCAGACGACUACAGAUCCAAACUCGCGGAUCCGCACCUCCAUUGGCUACAUGCGUUGAAGUCCGCCGACGCCCAUACGCCGGGAUCGUCGACGCCUUCUACUCUAUCCUCACUGAAGAACGUUCUGACCUGCCUCUCCACCCGAAGAAGCGAGAACGCCGAAUGUCUCGCGCGCACGAAAAGGGUAAAGCUAAGGAAGGCAAAGUACAUGAAGAACCAGAGGAGCAAGAGAGCUGGUUAAAGCAUACUGGUAUUGGACAACUGUAUCGUGGACUUAGUAUGCGUGCGGGCGCAAGUGUUGUGAUAUUCCUAUCUUCGUUCUUAACUGCAGGUUCGAAUGAGAGCGGCUGGACAGAGCUGUAGACAUGGAUUGAAAUCAUAUUCGCCGUUUCUUCCUUCAGUUACAUAGUUUACCACGUAAUUACUGAAUAAAUAAUGCUCGACUCCG